AUUAUUCUUGAAAUGUCACUUGGCCAGCUCCAUUCAGAUGCAGCUAUGCUUGGUAUACAAUAAACAUUCUGAAACAAGACAACUCAAAAUAUUGAAACUGCUUAUAUCUAAGUAUAUAUACCUAGUGUUUACAUAAAUGCUUGGUAGAGAAGUUUGCAGUUGACCGUCUCUUUUAGUGUACAGCUAUUCUUGGUUUAAGAAGAGCCCUGUUUAUGAACUAUUUGGUAUACGAACUCCGCAAAACCGGAAGCAGUGUUCUGGUUACCGAACUUUACCUUGGUCUACGAACAGAAGCUUAACGGUGGAAGGGCACCUCAGUUUAAGAAGGGAAAGCGCGCCUCAGUUUAAGAAGGGCUUUGGUUUACGAACGGACUUCUGGAAAGGAUUAAGUUUGUAAACCGAGGUACCACUGUAUAGUUGUAUGCUGAAUAUAGUUACAUAAAAAUAUCUUGACCUUAACAGAUUAGACAACUGGGCCAAAGCAAACAAGAUGAAUUUUAACAAGGAGAAAUGUAAAGUACUACACUUGGGCAAAGAAAAUGAAAGGCACAAAUACAGGAUGGGUGACACCUAGCUUGAGAGAUGUACAUGCGAAAAGGAUCUAGGAGUCUUGGUAGACCACAUGAGUCAACAGUGUGAUGCAGCAGCUAAAAAAGCCAAUGCAAUUCUGGACUGCAUGAAUAGGAGUAUAGCAUAUAGAUCAAGGGAAGUAAUAGUCUGGGCACCACAGUUCAAGAAGGAUACUGACAAGCUGGAACGUGUCCAGAAGAGGGCAACUAAAAUGGUCAAAGGCCUGGAAAAAAUGCCUUGUGAGGAACGGCUUAGGGAGCUGGGUAUGUUUAGCCUGGAGAAGAGAAGGUUAAGGGGUGAUAUGUCAUAUGGAGGAGGGAGAAAGGUUGUUUUCUGCUGCUCCAGAGAAGCGGACACAGAGCAAUGGAUUCAAACUACAAGAAAAAAGAUUCCACCUAAACAUUAGGAAGAACUUCCUGACAGUAAGAGCUGUUCGACAGUGGAAUUUGCUACGAAGGAGGGUGGUGGAGUCUCCUUCUUUGGAGGUUUUUAAGCAAAGGCUUGACAGGCAUAUGUCAAGAAUGCUUUGAUGGUGUUUCCUGCUUGGCAGGGGGUUGGAGUGGAUGGCCCUUGUGGUCUCUUCCAACUCUAUGAUUCUAUGAUUCUAUUCUAUGAUUCUAUCAAAUUGAAAAAUUGCGUGUAUCUUUUAUUUUUGUACGUACCUGCAGGCCAUCGGUGGAACAGAAUAAUAAAAAUAGCAUGCUAAUUAAGUAUAUUUUGAAAAUCUGAAAUUUUCCAUUGUGGGCCUGUUCCCGUCUGUGGAUCACUCUCUAGUCUAUUAGCUGUCUUCAAGCAGCUCCACACUGGAUAGUGGCAGCUGUGAUUAUCUCUUUCUACUAUUUAAAGCCCUAAACUGCCUUGGUCCUGUAUACCUGAAGGAGCGUCUCUACCCCCACCAUUCAGCCCGGACACUGAGAUCCAGCACCGAGGGCCUUCUGGCGGUUCCCUCAUUGCGAGAAGUGGGGUUACAGGGAACCAGACAGAGGGCCUUCUUGGUAGUGGCACCCGUCCUGUGGAAGCCCUCUCAGCAGAUGUCAAGGCAAUAAGUAACUAUUUUACUUUUAGAAGACAACUGAAGGCGGCCCUGUUUAGGGAAGUUUUUAAUGUUUAAUGCUGUACUGUUUUAAUAUUCGGUUGGAAGCCGCCCAGAGUGGCUGGGGAAACCCAGCCAGAUGGGCGGGGUAUAAAUAAAUAAAUAAUAAUAAUAAUAAUAAUAAUAAUAAUAAUAAUUAGUCCUGCACGUCUCUUCACUCCCAUCCCCCCUGAUAAAAACAUUUACUCUAAUUUGUAUGAUUUCAGGGAAUCUAAUGAUACAGUUUGUGAACUAUUGCCUUAAUUAUAAUGCUUGAAUUUGAAUUCAAGUGCUAUUAUAAAUAUAAGUAAAAUUCCAUAGACUUGAUUUUAUUUGUAAUGAGCCGAAUGUUUUAACAUGGAAUUGUAGUGAUAAUGCAUUUUUAAUCUGAGUUGCUGUAUAACAUGACUUAAUUGAGAGUUUUAGCAUUAGUUGUCGUUAUUUUCCCAUGUGUGGUUAUGUAAACAAAUGUAGAUGAAUCAUUUUUACAGUGAACCUCUGUAUUAUGAUUGUGAUAGUAAUUUGAAGUAUAAAGGGAUAAAAGGAAGAGCUUCCAAGUUUUACUAAUUGCAAUAAAACACAUUGUCAUUUCAAAUGAUAAACAAUCAUUUGACUUACAGAGGGUUGUUUUUUUUUAAAAAAAACACCAAACCCUUAUUUAUGUGUUUAAUAAUUAAUAGCUCUUUCUUCCCAGUGGGGAUUAGAUUACUGCUGACUUGGUUUAGCUGCUGCUCAUUUUUAGUACACUAAAGGUAUCUUUGGAGUUGGAGCAUGUAAGUUAUUCCUAAGGAUAUUUUCAUUGCUUGUUUGAUGGAAGAAGGUAGCUCUGCAGAAGCAUACUUUCCCUAAAAUCCUCAAUAUAUUAAUUGAGAUUGGUCACUUUCAAUUGUCUUCGCUUGUCAUUCUUAUUCAUGGCUUGCUGUAGAAGGCUAUAAGCCGGCAUUGUCCCUGGCAACUGUUACCUAGUGACAGUUUCAGCUGCAGUAGCCAUGGGUUGUUCUUUUGAUUGGGGCUGAAGGACCGAGUCACCUUUCUGAUGGCGAGUUUUUCUGCAUCAGCUAAGGAUGCGGAGGAGGGGCAGGCUUAGGUGCAAGCUAAGAGAGAGCAUGCAAGAAAUAGCAAUAGCAUUCUCAAAACUGGUCACAGUAAAUAGGAUUUCUGUGUCUACACCACAGCUCCUGAAAAAGCAAAUAUAUAUGCAAGGCACCGCUUCACUGCUUUGACAAGAGAUUUUAAUUUUAACAGUGUUUUAAUUUUGAGAUAGAAUGAACUGCUUACAGAUGCAAUGGGUAACGUUCUGUGGAUGCUAUAAAAGCACAAGGACCUCCAGCACAGCAUGGUGGUGAUGGACAUGAGACAUGAAACUGAUGCUUUCUAUUCAUCCCACUGCUGCAGCAGGACGAGAGAAAAAUCUUUUCUUUCUCAUGUAAGGAAUUCCUUUUUCAGAAGGCACAGCAAGGAUCAUUAAGCAGUGCCAAUGCGAUUCCAGCACUUCAAAAAGAGAAAAGAGAGUCUUCUGUUAACAUAAAAUUGAAAUGACCUUGGAUUUUCUUUUUAAUUAAAAUAUGUGAGCUGAAUAAUUUCUCCUGUAUCUUUAAAUGAUUAACAAUGCAUUUGAUCUGGGUGUGGAUGGUGGGUGGGUUAGAAAGCGAGACUGCUGCAUGCACUGAAUGAAAGAUCCAUACAGUAGUCAAAUACCUGCUUAUUAGUGAGCAUCGAAGGAGCCUUCUUACCCCAUUGGAUGUGUCAUAGUGGCAGAUGUAAUGGAUGUGGUAAUAUUUGCUUCCGAGAUAAAGAAUUUUUGAAGCAGAUGGUUAUCAUUUUAAUUGUCUAAUGAAAUGCGUAUGUAGCAACUGAGGAAAUGAAGCCUGAAGACUAAUGGAGUAACAGAAUGCAACGGCAGCUUUUCUUGUUAAAUCAACGUUUCAUUAGCUUCCUAGAAGAAUUUAGAUGAGAGUUUAUUAUCUCAUUGUGUUGGGACAUACAAAAGAAUGUGGACAUCGCUAUAGAGGUGAGAAAUGACAUGGAUAGAGCUAUGAACUUCACUGUAGCAGCUGUGGCUUUAUUUCUAAAGAUUUUUUUUUAAUCAUUUAUUGCUCUUGAAAUUAAAUGCAAGACAAGUUUGUAUUCCGUGAGAACCUUGGAUUACCCUGUUGGUGUCUAAUAAUGUAAUGGACAACCUAUCUUUCUAACUGGCUUGACUGAAGAUCCAGCAUCAUGUCUGUUUAUUUCUUUCCUUUAUUAUACGUGGUCUUGUUAACUAAAUGGAGAGGAUAUUGCUCAUCGAAGGGACGAACCUGUUCUUCAUGCAGUGAUUGCUGCCCCAACAUAUUUCCUUACUCGUUACCAAAGACUAGUGACAUUUGUUUGCAUUAAGAUGCCCCAAAUCUUAACCUUAAUAAUGCAGAAUGAAGAUGAUACAAAUGACAUUACUCCUUGAAGAAAACCGAAGGAUACAAUAUAUUAGAAUGAGCAUCUUAUUAGACUUCUUAUCUACUUUGCUUCUAGUUUUUAGCUCCUAACAGUUUUUGUUUUAGAAAACAUUACAUUGAGAAUUUCUACCUAGUACUCCCUCCUUCACCUUUCCCCCCAGGAAAAUGCACUUGCAGAGAUUUUGAUCGUGACAUUAUAUUUUACUCUCCUUUUUGGUGUUUCUCUCUUCCAAAAAGUACAGCUUAAACAAAGUGCUUUGUUUAGAAGUGCCUUUUGUCAAAUUUGCUAAGGAAGGAACGAGCACAGGAAGAAGCUAAGAGCAGUGGCCUUCUUGCCUCUUUUCUCUAUUGUAAUAUGAACAAUUUUAGAAGCUAUUCUAAAAUCUACCCAGAGAAGUGGAUAUGUAAACAAAAUUAGCUGGUGACUCAGAAAUCACCUAGUUCUGAGUUUUGAACACGUUAUGUAAUGCAGAUCAUGAACCAGUCCACUUGGAUUGAGUGGAAGACUCUGAAUAUGAGCAGUAGUAUUGUGAAUGUAUCUGAGCAUUACUCCUGUCCAAUUGGCUUUGGGCACUACAGUGUUGUUGAUAUCUGCAUCCUUGAGACUGUAAUUAUUGUCUUACUAACAUUUUUAAUUAUAACUGGUAACUUAACAGUAAUUUUUGUCUUUCAUUGUGCUCCACUGUUACAUCAUUACACCACCAGCUAUUUUAUUCAGACUAUGGCAUAUGCUGAUCUUUUUGUUGGGGUUAGCUGCUUGAUUCCUACCUUGUCAUUGCUGCACUAUUCUACAGGUGUCCAUGAGUCUUUAACAUGCCAGGUAUUUGGAUAUAUCAUCUCUGUACUGAAAAGUGUUUCUAUGGCCUGUCUUGCUUUUAUUAGUGUGGAUCGUUAUCUGGCUAUCACAAAACCACUUACCUACAACCAAUUGGUUACACCUUGCCGGCUGAGAAUCUGCAUCAUUUUGAUUUGGUUGUAUUCCUGCCUUAUUUUUUUGCCUUCAUUUUUUGGCUGGGGAAAGCCAGGCUAUCAUGGAGACAUUUUUGAAUGGUGUGCAACCUCUUGGCUCACCAAUGCCUAUUUUACUGGCUUUAUUGUAUGCUUGCUAUAUGCUCCAGCAGCCUUCAUCAUCUGUUUUACAUACUUCCACAUCUUCAAAAUCUGCCGGCAGCACACCAAAGAGAUAAAUGACAGGAGAGCUCGUUUUCCUAGUCAUGAAGUGGAUACUGCUACAGAAAGUGGGCACGGCCCUGACCGGCGCUAUGCUAUGGUUUUAUUUCGUAUAACCAGUGUGUUUUAUGUGCUCUGGCUCCCCUACAUCAUCUACUUUAUGCUGGAGAGUUCUAGGGUGCUGGAAAAUCCAGCACUGUCUUUCUUAACAACAUGGCUCGCUAUAAGCAAUAGUUUUUGUAACUGUGUUAUAUAUAGCCUCUCAAACAGUGUUUUCAGAUUGGGACUUUGGAGAUUGUCAGAGACGGUGUGUUCAUCUUGUAUACAUAAAAAAGACAGCAUUGUUCAAGACCCAGUUCCUAGAAAACGGGCUAAUUCCUGCUCCAUCUAAGGAGAACUAAAACAGUCAAAUAUUUGGGCUACCGGUAGGUAGUAUUCUAUCCUUUGGAAUGCUGCUGCAAUAAACAGUCAAUAAAUAUUUAUUCACUGUAAAAUGAAGUAUGGAUUGAAUGGUGAUUUGUAAGAAAAAGCACGUAGCUGGAAUGGUCAGAGAUGGAUUCUUGGUGAAAUUGUGGUAUAUGAGUGAAUCACUGGUAAAUGUAGGGGAAAGCUUCCAGUAGUGUGAACUAAUCUGUUCAGAACUAAAGAAUAAUUCAUCAACAGUAAUAGUGAAAUUGUCACAUAUUAUAUAUGUGGAUGAAUUUGUAGUACUAUGUUGUAUUAAGAUAAAUCUUGUUUGAUGCAGUAAGUGAUGGAUUAUCAAUUACGUCCUUAGGAAAUAAAUGUUUUAAAAUGAGGCAGCUUCAAUCUUGUAGUUUUGUCUCUUGUACAAAAACAUUUUUAAAACUCUUGUAAUUUUAAAACUAAAUAUAUUUCUUUGCAGGGAAAUAAUGUAAAGUAUAUUUUAAUGUUCUAGUGUAACACAUAUAAAUGACUUAAUACUUUUCUGUUCUUUUGGAGCCUUUUGUUCCCAUUGCUCAGGCGUAUUAUUUAUUCUGGGGUCAGAAGCCCAUAUAGUUGCCCCCUUACAGCUACUGUUCUCAAGCUGUUUGAGGGGUCUGGAGUAAUUUUAGGCACAAUGUAUGUGAGGGGUAAGCUUUGAGAGAAUAUACCGUUGAGUGAAACAACAGUCAAAUUAUAGAAAUUAACUUGUAUUUUCUAGUGCCUACUAAAUUAGCACAAAUUUAUUGAGUCUUUUUGUGCUAAUGCUUUUGCUUUGUAAUUUAUUGCAUAUGCAAUAAAAUCAAAUAGCAGUGUGACUUAGCUGCUCAAUAACACUUUUUAAAUGUAAGUUUUAAAAAGCAGGUUCCACUUUAGUUAUAUAGUUGUGAAUGUAUUGCAGUUUGCAUGAGCUCAGCAUGUAUAUAACACUGUAUAUUUUUUUAAAUGAUCAUUUUGUAUUCUGUGCCUAAUGGUUUUCCUAGCAUAUUGUUAAAUCAUUGUUUUAAAUUUGGGAUAAAUAAAACUUUGAGUUGACUUUACAGAAGUUCAUCUUGCAGUGUUAAAUGCGUAUUAGGCAAAUUUUGUUAGAGGUUCACAAAUUAAGAGUUUUUGUAGGGGGCUUGCGUUAGUGCUUCCAUAAUCAAUUUGUGAGGACUCAUGAAGUAUGUAGGGCAUGAUUCACUUCACAUUACAAUCAGUGGGACUUAACUUGUGCUGGAUUGUACUCACAGUUAUCAGUAAUUUAUAUAAUACUGAUUUUGGCUCAAUCUGCCACAUUCUGACUGUUGCUUUUAACAUGGGUAAAGGUAAAAGGUAAAGGGAACCCUGACCAUUAGGUCCAGUCAUGACCGACUCUGGGGUUGCGCGCUCAUCUCGCAUUAUUGGCCGAGGGAGCCGGCGUACAGCUUCCAGGUCAUGUGGCCAGCAUGACUAAGCCACUUCUGGAGAACCAGAGCAGCGCAUGGAAACGCUGUUUACCUUCCCGCUAUAGCGGUACCUAUUUAUCUACUUCCACUUUGACGUGCUUUCGAACUGCUAGGUUGGCAGGAGCUGGGACCGAGCAAUUAAUGGAGGUAAAGUUAAAAGAAAAAUUAUGGUUGACAUUUAUCAAUAAUAAUAACAAUUAGGGGAAAAGAAAUGAUUGAUUCUGAGACACCUUGACUUAAAAGAAAUAUUGUUUAACAGAAGGUGGAGAAGAUAGACAGAAUGUUAUAGAAAGAGAGAGAGCGGGGGGAAGAAAGAAACACACAGAUGGAAAAUUGGAAGUUUUGUUUUUGUAUCUUUUCUCUCUCUUUUUAUUGCCCCUUUCAUUUUUCUGUUUCUCUUUUUUUUUUUGUAUGUUCUUCUUUCUUGGAAGUCCUAUGUCUGGGGCCUUUAUUAAGGUCCAGAGAUUGUAUACUCAUGAGGUGGUAGGUGGUUGAUGGAGGACCCUGGAGAGACAGGGAAAUGUUGGUCUCCCAGGGUGAGGGGCUGGGAGGACAAAGGAAAGAUCCCAGGUAAUAGCAGGUUACCUCACGCAACGAAUGCCUCACGCAACGAAAGUGUCUAGCGAUUCUUUGUUGCCUUGCAAGGCGAAGCUUUCUAUGGCCACAUCUCGCAAGACGAUUUUUUGCUGCCUGCCCUUUUUUCCCUGCAAGACGAAAAAUUUCGUAAGACAGCACGACCCGCGGGACGAAUUAUUUUCGUCUUGCGAGGUACCACUGUUGCCUCUCUCUCUCAUUAGUAGCCCUUCCCAGUGCCAUCUCUAUGGCAGCCCCUUGGUGAAAAGGAGGGAAGCUGAGGAUAGGGAAGAACUUUAUGGGGUAAAGGAGCACAGAUCCUAGAGAUCAGGUCAAGAAUGCCAAGUACUGCGGUAGCACAAAAGUUCCUGUUUUAAUGUGUCCUGAAGCACUGCCUUUAUCUCUUUGUAGGAAAAUGUAUAUCUGACCACCAUGCAAACCUGUAAAACUAUUUUUAGCUCAUUCCUAAAAUAGAUUUUCUUGAAACCCAAAAGAUGCUGUGCAUCUUUUCAACAAAUGUGUCAUUGCUCAGAAAACUGUACACUUCAUAGAAGUCAACUCCUAGAGGCCGAGGUCCCUUCGCCGCCGCCCAAAUAAAAUAUUUGAGGAGGCCGCCCCCAAAGUUUAUGGAUAUUGCCAUUCAAAUGCUGUGCAUGUGCUGUGUCUUGUGAACCAUUAUGUGGGGCAGGGCUUACCUCCCCCCCCCUAUAUUUUACUCAAGUUGGCUUUCCUGGUACACUUUAACAUGCUACUUUUUCCUGUUGACUUGGAGAUAAUCUAAUUAAAGAGAAAAGCAGGUGAAGUCUCUAAAAGGAAGAAAAAGAUGAAAGACAGGUAAUUAGAGGAUUAGUUUAAUUAAAUCUGUUGGCUGGAUGUUAAGUCUGUCCAUUUUGAAAUUAAUUAAGCCUAUUAUAUGCGAAAGGUUGUAUAGUUGUAGCUUGCAUAAAACACCUAGGAAGUGGUAACAGAAUGUCCUAUAGGUAACAAUAUAAUUUCUAUAGGGCUUUUUACCACCUGCCCUUUUUCCAUUGAGAUUCAGUUGCCUGAAACUCAGUCUCUUUCGUAUGUCUUUCACAAUCCUUUUUACAAUAUUGCCCACAAUAGCUUAAGCAGUGGGGCUUAUUCACAGUGAUGCAGUGUCAGAUUUCAGGAAUGCAGAGGACCAGGUUUGCAGCUUGGGGUGCUAAUGGAGUCAUUGUGGUCUGGGCAGGCAAAGAUAGUGGCAGUGGCCAGGAGUGCAUUCUAUCUACCCAAGCUUGUAUGCCAGCUGUAUCCCUAUCUGGAGCAGCAGGGCCUGGCCUUAGCCAGGAUGCUAAUAAUGGAGGCUUGUAUUCUAAUCAUGUGAUACCACUUUUGUGCCAGUUGUACUGGCUGCCAGUGAAUUUAGAGGCCUAAGGAUCCCCAACGUUGUUAUGACCCUACCUAAAAUAGAAGUUCCUGUUUGCGUGCACAACAGUGAAAUUGCUUAGGUUGGCAAGCAUGAGAAAUGGGACCUUCUUGGUGGUUGCCGCAUAAGUGUGGAACUCUUGCAGUUCACAUUCAUUUGGCUCAUUAAGUUCUAGCAUUCAAGAAGGAUUUAUCUUUUGACUGACCUUUCCCUAAGAGAAUUGUGAUCCAACGCAGUAUCUCUCAAGCCUCUCUUUGUAUCCGCUCUGUGCUUCAUACUCUGCCUGAUAUUCUAUUUUUAAAUCUGCUCCAUCUGAAUCGGGAGAGAUGGAUAAGGUACUAGAUUGAUGCUUGAAGGCGGUGAUGGGCUGGAUUUGGAUCAGUAAAUUGAACCUGAAUCCUCGAAAGACAGGUGUUAUGUGUUACGGGUUAUUCAUUCUGGGAGGUAGGAAUAUGGCCUGUUCUGGAUGGGGUUGCACUCCCCCAGAAGCAGCAGGUUAGGGGGUACUACUAGAUCCAACAUUGUCACUGUGGUUGCCUGGGUGGCUAAGAGUGCUUAUUUCCAGCUAUGACUGGUUCACCAGCUAUGGUCCUUUUUGGACAAAGAUGACUUGGCUGCUGCACUCCAUGCUCUGGUAACCUCCAGAUUGGACUAUUGCAAUGUGCUUUACAUGGGGCUGCCCUUGAAGAAACUUCAGCUGGUGUAAAUUGUGGCAGCCAGGUUACUGGCUGGCUGUCCAUUUAGAAUUCAUAUAAUCCCUGAAUUAAAAUAGCUGCACCGGUUGGGCUUCUUUCUAGACCCAAUUUAAAGAUGCUCACAUUAGUGUUUAAAGCACUCAAUGAUUUAGGCCCCAAAUAUCUUAAUGAGCAUAUCCAUUAUCCAACCCUUCUUGGGCAUUAGGAGCUGCAGUGGGUGGUGCCCUGGGCCAUAAAUUGGGGAACUCCCAUCCUAUAAAUGUUUGUUUUUGGUUUUCUCAUCCUCUUGCCCCUUUGUUGAGCCAUAUGUAGGGAAAGUACCGUACCUUUAGGGAACUGCCUUUAAAAUGUAAUUGGAUUUGCAUGAAGAUUUUGGUGUUGAAGCAAACAUCAUGGUUGACACCCAGUUGUUACUUGUUGUUACAUAUUUGUUUGUUUCUCCUAGCAGAAAAAGUUGUAAAUUUACUAUUAAGGUUUUUUUUUAGGAGGAUUUUGUGUGGUGGUUUUAUAAAUUUUGCUUUUCUUUAAUUUUAAGUGAAUGUGUUUAUUUUCUGUCAAAAGAAAAAAAGAAAAAGAAAAGAAAAGCAGAAGAUAUGGGGCUUUUAGAGCAGAAUUAAAGAUCUCAUAUUAGUAGCCAUUAACUGGAAAUGACAUUGAUCUGCCAUUAAGGAUGAUUAUUCAAUUCUAAAAAUUAUGCUUUUAAGUAACAUGAAUAAAUUUUGCUAAUGUGUCAUUUCAAUUAAAGGUGAUUAUAGCACUGGCAAAGUAAUUCUAUUUUUUAAAUGAGUGAAAUGUUGAAGUUAAUCCUAUUAAUGUUGUGUUAUCUUUUGCAAUACAUGUCAUGUUUAAGUGACAUAGUAAAUCACUGAUAUUUUAAAAAUCUCUUUCAACUUUUAUAAACUAAGCAAUAGUGCACAAAGGGCUGGUCAGGUAGAUAAGAAAAGGCAAUGUUUUUUUUAAUAUACUUAACUUUUGUGGAAGUUCUCCAUACAAAAAAAGAGCAAGCUAUACUCAUUUCUUCUGCUGCCAGCUUCUUGCCAGGAUAUCACUGGCAGGUUUUCACUGCCUCACAAAUUAGGUUGAAGCACUCUUACCUGAAUAUCUCUGCCAUCUGCGUUUGUGGCUUCUCAACAACCUGUGUGUUAAGUCAUGUUCUCUGCUUACAUGAAAAAGCCAAUCAGUUUUGGUCAGUGCCCUGCAUGAACUGUAUAUCCUAGUACAUGUGCCAGACGUUUCAGCAACAAACUCGGAAUCCAUGGUAGACAAUUCCAUAUAUGUAUCAGUAUAAUGAAAUUAAUUUGAUGGGAAGCUGAUGGGAGUGAAUAGAAUAGUUUUGUUGGGUCUAGUCCAUCAUCACGUUUCUGACAGUGUCCAAUAGCAACAGGGCAAGAAGGUUACAGCAAUUUCAUGCUGCUGCUCCCCAGCACCUGUUACUCAGAGGGAUGGAUUCUGCUUUGAACUUGAAGGUUCCAUAUAGACUUCAUGAGUAUUGAUUAACUCAACUACCAUGCGUUUGUCUAAUCCUCUUGAGAUGGUGGCUCUCGUCACAGUUUGUGGCAGCCAAUAUAUUUAUUAUUUAUUUAUUAAAUUUGCAUACUGCCCUUCAUCCAUAGAUUACAGGGCAGUUUACAUAGGAAUUCCAUAGGAGAGGUAGCUUAUUCAAUCUCUAAAGUUGGUAAGCUCCCUGGCACUUCAUCAGCUGUCAGAACUACGCACCAGUUUGCUGCUGCCAUGUGAUAAGGCUCACCUACCCACUAAAUGGGUUUAUUGCUUAUUGAGAAAUGAUAUACAGAAAAAGAUGUUUAAAACAACUUUCCUAAAAAAACCAACAAAACCUAGAGGCAUUUCUGUUAGGAAUUGUUCAGACACAAGUUCCCAGGAGUCAGAAGAACUUAUUCAUGUACGCAACAACAGCGGCUCGGAUUUUGUUAGCCCAAAAAUGGAAAGUGAGAGAGGCCCCUGGUAUGGAAGAUUGGCAAUUUAAGGCGAUAGAAUAUGCAGAAUUAGCAGGCCUAACAAGUAGAAUAAGAGAACAAGAAGAACAGGUAUUCAAAGAGGAGUGGAAAUUGAAAAUAAUUGUGCACAGUUAAAAACGCUGGCUGUAUUAAAGUAAUUCAGCAGUAUAACAUAUUUUGAACUGAUAGGAGAAUUAAAUUAGGUGGAGAUAUUAAAAUAUGCAAGAAUGGUGGAUAAGUUAAAUGAACCUUGGAAGGGGAGGGAGGGAGUUCAACGAAUGUAUGGUAUAAUAAAGGUAAAGGUACCUCUGACCAUUAGGUCCAGUUGCGGACGACUCUGGGGUUGCACCCUCAUCUUGCUCUAUAGGCCGAGGGAGCCGGCGUUUGUCCACAGACAGCUUCCAGGUCAUGGGGCCAGCAUGACUAAACCACGUCUGGCGAACCAGAGCAGUGCACGGAAAUUCCAUUUACCUUCCCACCGGAGCUGUACCUAUUUAUCUACUUGCACUUUGAGGUGCUUUCGAACUGCUAGGUGGGCAGGAGCGUCAAACCCUUUCAUGCCCCUGCUUUCUUCAACCCCAUUGCACUUACUUCUCUCUUCUCUGCUACUCCCUUUGCAAACACGUUUUCACCUUCCUUUUUCCUCCACCCUCCUUUUCCCAACUCUCACACAGAUCACCCCCACUUGUACGCCGCCUUUUCUCUUCUAUUCUGCACACAUCAGCCAUUAUCACUUCCACCCCCUUUUCCCCACCUCCUCCUUUUUUCAACUCUUCCUUGCAUACAGUCCACCACUCCCACUUCCAUCCCUCCUCCUUUCUCCUUAUCUGCAGCCAGCCCCUUUGCGCAAAAACUCCAUGCUAUUUAUGUUACUGUGAGGAUGAAUAGAAUCUUAAGAUAAGGUUACCAGAUUUUUUUCAAAGAAUCCGGGGAUACUUUUUAAAAAAAAAAAGAGAGAGAAAAUAUAUUUAAAGAAAGUUAUUUUUUAAAAAAUUAAGUAAUAUCUUCUUUUUUGUGACCUUCCUCUGGGCUCCAGCCUGCUCUUUUGGAGCACUAGCCACCGUGGAGUAGGCUCAGGUUGGGCCUGGGCUUGGCCACGUGUUCUUGCCCUCCUGGUGCCCUCCUACCUUUCUUCCUGAGUGGCGGCAGCGGCACGGCAAGGUCGGGGCUCCACUCUUUUUUCUCCUUCCUCUUUCUCUCUCUUCCUUCUCCUUCUCCUCUCCUCCUCCCUGCGUUGGCUCCGGGGUUUUCCUGGCCCUGGAGCACCACUGGGCAGUUGGCUGCUCGUGCCAGGCUCAAUUUGGGUCACUGGGUGUGUGUGUCAGUGGUUACCUCACUUGACGUGCUGGGCGUCCCCGGUUCCCCUUCGGCAGUGGCGGCUGCAGCGGCAGUCUCAGCAGCCCGGAGCUAGCAUGAUAGCGCAGUUGGCUCUGGCUGGCUUCAGGAGCUGCUCGCUGCCAUGGCACCCACCUUUUUGCCUCUCCAGAAGUCCCCAUAUGACGUGUCUUGUGCCAUUGAACCAAUCAUGCAACAUUCAUUCCCUACUAAUAAAUCUACAACACUUAAAAUAUAAAUCCGGGGACAUUAAAUGAAAUCCAGGGACAUUCCAGGGACAGAUUUUGUAAUCCGGGGACAGUUUUGUAAUCCGGGGACUGUCCCUGGGAAACGGGGACGUCUGGUAACCAUAUCUUAAGAGCAAGCCUGUCAGAGACAGUUAGGUUCACUUGCUGUGUGUUGGGCAUAUAUGGGUGUUUGCUUGUUGUUAGAAUAUUUCUUCUAAAUUACUAUAUUGAAUCUGGAACUUCACGCUGAAGACAACAUAUGGUACCAGGAAUUCAGUACAUUGUGGGUGCCUUUGUUUAGAACUGCCAUUUCCCUCUCAGUAUCCCUUCUCAGUAUCCCUAUGCCAUGUUAUACAACUUUUGUUCCUCUCCCCUGACCUGACUUCAUGCAAAUACAGGAUUGUGGUGAAACACUACAAAUCCUCCAAUGGGGGGGUUGUACUCUGACUUCAUGCAGAUUGAGGAUUCUGAUGUGGCAGUACUUAUGCAUUUUUAUGUGUAAAGGAAAGUGUGUGUGAGAGAGUUUACAGCGCAUUUGGACACCAGGUAUCAAAACAAAAUUUUGUAUAAUGGUUCCUGAGAGCAAAGAGGAAAUUUUUGUCCGUUUGGAUACAAUUGGACUCCAUUCUGAAUCAAGAUGGCAGACUGAAGCUUUCAGAAGUGCAAUAUUUUAACCACUGAUUUCAAAACUGCACUGACUUUUUAGAAUUCCCGAGUCAUGGCAGAUAACAGGCCACCAGUUAUAAAUAAACAGCAAUAAAUUAUUUUGGUUUGAUUUCUAAGCACUAGCCUUUUGGUCAGUGGCUACAUCCAGCUACUGGGUAGAAGGAAUAAAAAGGCGAAUAAAGGUAUUGAAUGGAAAUAAAUGGUGGCAGUUGAACUAUAAAGGGAUAAAGAAAGCAGGUAUUUUUUAAUAUAAAGUGUUUGUGUGGGAGAGCCUACAGUGGAUCUUGUGGAUAUUUUAAGUACGGUAAUUUAAAAACAGAAACAGGGUAAACACCAUCCUGUGAACACCACUUGGUGGGAUCACCAAGUCAUCUUCCUUGGGAGCUCUUGAAAUAGGGGAAUUGAAAGUCACACCUUGUAUCAAAUAUUUUCUGUGUGUUUUCCAGCCCGGAAACAGACUCACAUCAGAGCAUUUCUAAAUUCAAGCUUCAUCUGCGGGGUUGCUCUACUAUUUGUUCAUUCCACAUAUGGCAAAUCAUUUUACUGACUUUCAAAAAAAAGAUUAUUAUGUGAAUUGAUGAUCCUGAUUACUUAGACCUUCCAGCAUCAUACACUCUAAAAUUAUGUAUGUGUGUGUGUAUUUUGAGCUCACUUAAGUGAGAUAAAUAUAAUAAUGAGGUCUCCAUAGAGAUAUAUUGGUAAUUUUAAAAUGUGCAGAGCUGUAUGAGCAGGGAUGAGGACAAUCUAUUUUGGGGGGAGAUAAUUACAGCAUUACUGUAGAGAGUAGUUCUUUAAAAAUAGCGGGCCUCAGAUGUUGUGGGAGAAAGGUAAUUAAGGCGUGAAUAAUAAUGAUAAAUACUUUCCCCCUGUGCUGCUCUUUAACUACUCUACACAUAGGCACACCCAUUACAGGAACUAUGUUGUUAUAAACCCUAUGGAAAUUGUGCUGCUGUACAUACGUAAGUUAUCCUGUGCUAGAAAAAGCCUUGGUUCUUGGCUCCUUUGGGAGGAAGAGCAAGAAAAGAAGAGAUAUACAGUAAGCCCAGAACUUACACAGGGCUUUUGUUCUGGGGAUCAUGCUUAAAGCCAAAAUUGUGUAUAAUCAAAACCCAUUGGGUUCAAUGGUCGAUGGGAUUGCCAAAGUCAUUUACCCCAGAACCCUUCCCACCCCCUUUUUAAUUUUUUGGCAUGUGCAUGAAGCUGAAUGCACACAAAUUAAAUGUACUCAAGUUGUAGUCUUACUAUAAUUUCUUACAUGUUCUGCCACCAAGGAAGCUUAGGUACAUCAUGCCAGCUAGCCUAGGGUUCUGAAAUGCACCACUUACAUUUCCAGCAGCACAGCCACUGGUUUUACCACUUUACCUGCCCUUCCCCCUGCAGUAGGGAAGGCUGCAGGAAAGCACUGUCUGCUUUAGCCAAUAAAAGAGCAGCAACAGCCACCCUUACAGGGUGGUCACAUUCUUUGCCCCCUUGCCCUGUUGGUGGAGAUCUCCAGAACCGCUGUCCACAGGGAGCUGAAGAAUGCAAGCUUCCUAUUCCUAAUAACAUGUAAACAACUGGAGGCUCACACCCCCUUAUAAUGAGUGCAAGUUGGAGAAGGUAGAUUGCAGCACUGUUCUGGGGUGGGGAGGAGAGGAAGUGAUUACUUACAUGCAUAGGCAAACACAGUCCUCCAGAUGUUUUGAGACUACAACUCCCAUCAUCCCUGACCACUGGUCCUCUUAGCUAGGGAUGAUGGGAGUUGUAGUCCCAAAACAUCUGGAGGGCCAAGUUUGCCUAUGCCUGGACUGCUGCCAAUAUUUCCAAAGGAUAAUUUAGCUUGGUUCAAUCUUUUUGUUUCUCUAAUGGAGUUUUUUCCUGCUCCAGAGCCGAGGACCUGAACCCAAUGGCUUCAAGUUAUAAGAAAGGAGAUUCUGACUAAACACCAGGAAGAAUGUUCUGACAGUAAGAGCUGUUCAGCAGUGGAACAGAUUUCCGCAGGAGGUGGUGGACUCUCCUUCCUUGGAGGUUUUUAAGCAGAGUUUGCUGACCCCUGGUUUAGUUCAAGUGAUAUUUUCUUCCUGCAUUUUUGAUGCUGUGUUUAGGGAACAUACAUAGCAUUUGUAAGUAAGUUAUGUUGCUGUUCUAACUAUAUAGUCAGAGCUUUCCAGUGAAGAAUAUACACCCUAAACAGUUGGAAAUGAUCUAGAGACAAGAAAUAGGUCAGCUUGAAAAGAACUAAUAAAAAACUGUAGAAUGGCAAGUGUACUGUGGCAUGUUAAUUAUAUUAAUGCUGCUGUGUAGGAAAUACAAGAAGUCUGAUUUAGUGCGUAAAAAUAGUGAGUCAGAGGAUGGUAGGCAACAGAGUUUUCUUUUUUGAAAAUGAAACAAAAUCUAUUUCAGCUACCUAUAUCCAAGGAAACUAGAUAAACAUUUUGGAGUGGGAUCUUCUAAAAUUGAUUAUUUAUAGCAAUAUUAAAACAGUAAAACAGCUAAUCAAAUGGGGAAGAAAUAACUUUUUUAAAAUAAUAAUGUCGUUUGUCGAACUGUGAAAGAUCUCUCUCCACAAAGAGGGGGUAUAAUUUUAUAGGUGAAAUAAAAGUGGCCUGGCAUAAAUAAUAUUUUCUCUGAAAUUGGGGUGAAAACAGAGAAAGGAGGCUAUCAUAUUGGCUGUGUAUGUUCAAGAGGUUGGCAUUCGAAACAUGCAGAAGAUUUUAGUAGUAACUUGAGCUGAAUUGGCUGCCUUUCUCUUUCCACAGCUUGAGGCUCUCUCUCUCUCUCUCUCUCUCUCUCCCACCUCCUCCAUUCCCCAUUGCCAUAGUUUUUUUAAAAAAAAUAAAUUAUGUCUACUAAUGUCAUCCAACUUGCUUCUUGAGGCUGGUUAUUAAAUCUGAUUUCUAAGGUUCAUAUUCUAUCAAUGUUGUAGGGGUUUGUAAACUGAUGAAAAUCAAACCAGUUGUUAAUCAUUGUUUUUCGCCUUGCUAUUGGUGUAUUGCACUAUUGGCUGGUGGAUGUUUAUGAGGCUUAGUGAAGUGUGAACACUGGAAUACAAAAGCAGAUGGAGGAAUGUGCUGCUAUUUCUAGCUCAUACCAAUCAUCCUGAGGCAAGUGCUGCUGAAAUGGUUAUUGGAGGUGUUUUCAGUUGGUAAGGAGAUGAGAAGGAUGGCGCUGCCUAAAUAACUUUUCCAGUUUUCUUAUCUCAGCUUUUCUGAGGAUAGAAAAGUACCAUAUGUGUGAGCUGCUUCUUUUUUCUGGCAGAGGGGAGAGGCCACCAUCUCAACUUCUGGCUCCUCCGCUCUGCUUCUGUGAGCCAUUCGAGUUUAGCAUGGUGGCACUAUUCAGGAUUGAGCUUGAGGGAUGUAUUCUGUGGAGGUUCUUCUACCAGAGCAACUUGGGUACACUGAAUUUUAAUUGCAGUACAGCAUGCAGAAUGAUUUUAAAAUGCAGAAUUAGGGAUUUCUGCCCUUCCCUUCAUGAAUGUAAUUUGGGUGGGAUGAAAGAAGCAAAGCUCCUUUCCAAGUUCUGAAGCAUUGUAUAAUCAGUUUUUAGUGCUGUAACAGGCUUCUUUCUUACCCUCAAAAGUUUUGAAGCAAAAAAUGGGCUUCCAAGGCAGGUGAAAAAUCCUCUACCAUGUUCUUAUUUUGUUUCUGUUCACAAUAGCUGCCUAGCAGCUGGUGUGUGCUGUAGCACUGCCGCCGCCGCCAUUGCUUUUCUGCCAAUGCUCCAGUCUCCAGCCAGCUUCAGAGCUUCAACUCUAGUUGAAGAGAGAGUGGGAGCAUGUGCAUAGCCAGGAUUUUUUGUUGGGGGGUUGGCAGGAUUUUUG